GAAAACCGUUACAAUCUAUAAAAUUGUGGUUGAAGGUUGAUAGAUUCUAGCAACGCGAUUUAAUUUGGGUAGGAAGGUAUCACCCUAAGCCAUUUCGGGGGUCGUCUCUCUUUCACCCGUAACUUUCGUCGCGGUUUUCUCCCAGCUCUUAAGUAACAACAAUAACAGACAGACAGCCAGCGGCGAGAGAGAGAGAGGGGUACAGCGUGGAGUCGCGUUGCAGACACAACAGAAAGCGCGCCCGCUACCUGAACAAGGUAGGCGGUGAGGUGCACGGGGGGAGCUCCGAGAGUUGGCGCGCGCGCACAUGGUUAUGUAAAAAUGUAUUUGCGCUCCUCGAGGUCAUCGUCGGUGGUUGAGGUGGCCCGCUCCGGAUCGCCACUUCCGGAAGUCGUGGGGCAGCUGCAGGAACAUGUGCGGAGUUCGCGACCAGGUGGUGGUGCGGACGCCGUCGCCUCCACCUCCGGUUCGGAGGUCGUGGCCACGAUCGGUUCGUUCGGCGUCAGCGGGAUCGUCGUCGUGGACCGGAUCGUGGCGGGCGUUACGGGACAUCGCGGAACUCGAACCACUGUAGCGGACGCCGUAGUCGAUGCUGCUGUCUCUAGGCACUUUUCGUUCAUGACCUAACCGAGAGAGGUUUCACCGAUUUCACUUUGGUUGGUCGAAUUAUGUAAUCUCCACGAAUACACGAUCGCGGUUCACACACUGCUGGCAGCCAACCUGAUCUCUUCGAGGUAUCGCUUGAUCACUGCGGUAGGGUUUCACUUUCCCUUCUCAGAAUACCCCACACAACAACUCGCACACAACUUCUAGAUCUGGAAGACCUUUAACAGCCACCUUUAGGUCUCGAGAUUCUUCCUGGUUUGAAAACACACACGCGCGACUCCACCGACGCUUCAAGCUUCGAACGCAACGCUGCACUGUACACAACACACUUUGGACAGCCGGGACCGCGAACGCCUCUACACGCGGAGAAAGAAAACUGGAGAGUGAGAGGCUCCGGCAACCGAACCGUGCAGUCAGCCCCCAAAACACAACCCCGGCGACGACGACGACAACGGCAGAGGGGGCGAGCGCGCGCGCAAAUCCAAAACAUUGCGCGAGCAGGACGGAAGAUAUCCGAGAGUGUGAGUGUGUGCGAGAGAGAGAGAAAGGCAGAAAAGAAAGGCGCCGCAACGCUUACAAAAGAAAUUGUACGCGCGGUGGAGAAAGAUCGCUGCGACGAUCAACGAUCGCGGCCCGUCUCAAUGGCCUGAAAGUGAGGUUAUGUAAGCGGAGAAAUGGAGAAGGUUAAACCCUGCGCGCGGUGGGAGAUUGGUGAUUGCGCGGGUAGGCGAGAUUGCUCACCCCUCAAAGAGAAAGGUACAGAAAGGCGAUCGGAGGAUGGGGUCGCAACCUCGAGGACGACAGAGCGCAGGGAGGAUGCUGAGUGCGGGGUUCAGGAAGUCCUGCGGUCUACUUUGCCAAUGGGGUGUUGUUGUAUGUCUUGAGUGAUCCUUAAGUUUUCAAGACAUGUAAGAAAGUUGCAGUACGCAUUGAUCUACAUCGAUCAUCAAGAUAUUCCAGAUCUGCUCGAAAAUCAUAGAGAUCAUAGAUAUCUGAGUCCCAUGAUACAAUCCGUUAGCAAUGUAUUGUGAAGAUCUUCUAGGCUGUUAAAAUCCUAGUUGACCUUGUUGAUCUUCAAAAUGUGAACUCCACGAUCAUCUUUGAACUAUACUCUAUGACCAUAGUGUGUAUUACACAUUAACUUUGGUCUUAGAAAGUCCUGCGAAGAUCACCCAACUCAUAGUUUGAGUAAAGGUAUUCGAUUGAUUAAAUCUAAGGACAAUCUGGAUAUAUUUGGAAUCAGCUAGGCGCAGUUCAACACCAUCAAGAUCUACUAUUUCCAUAUUUUAUGGAUACACCAUGUAGACCUUCGGUUGAUCACCAAGAUCUUCAACAUCUGAACUAAACGUUUGCUUG